ACCCUUAAAUGGCCUCUAACAAGAGAGCCCAAUGCGUCUUCACCGCCGUUCAGAUACCUACGACAUUCUGCGUGCGGCGUUAAAAAUGGCUACCAAAACCCUAGCGAUGAGUCCGUACGUCCACCGAUCGUCUAGAACGCGCCUCCUCCUUCGUCAAGCUCUCCCUUCGUUUCUACGAAAUCCUACGACACGCUUCGAUUCACUCUCCACAAUCUCAAUCUCAUCUGGCAAUACGCGCAGCUCGAGAGCCGAAGUCCCAAUCAAAACAGAUUACGUCAGUGGAUCAGGGUUUGGGCUUGUCCGUCAUCGCAAAUUCACCACCGGAGCCACUCAUGUUAAUGAGGCGGGAUCCAUUGACUCCCUUCUCAUGCAGUCCAUGGAGAAGAAGAUCAAGGAAGAACUAAAUGCAGAAUCAGUCACUGUUAUAGAUGCUUAUGGUGAUGGCCGACAUGUGACCAUUGAUGUUGUCUCUACAGCCUUUGAGGGAAAAUCAGAUGUCGAUAGGCAGAGGAUGGUGUACAAAGCAAUACAGGAGGAGCUAGAAAACGUAGUGAAUGCAGUUGACCAGAUGACUACUACAACCCCCUCUGAAGCGGCAACAGGGAAGUGAACAACUCGAGCCAAAAUGUCAGAGGCUGCAAAUUUUCUCGCAGUCUCAAAAUAAAGCUGUAGCCUGCUUUUGCAUGUUAGACUGUUUUUCAUAUCAUUUGGUACUCUAAAUUCUUUUGAAACAGAUUGUUCCUAGCAGUAUUUGUUCAUACUCUAGAGUCUAAAUAAGAGACAUAUGAGUAUUAUGCCAUCCAUUGUAUGUCUGCUUGUGUCAAAUAGGAAUAGCUGUCUCAAGAAAUUUCUGGGUAUGUGCAGUUCUUUAGGUUGACAUUA